UUCUCCCGGAAGAGAUGGUUUUCCGGGCAGCAAAGGGAGCCCCGGCUUCGCGGGACCCCCGUGCCGACCCCACACCGACCUCUCAUUAAAGGGGCACGUCGGACAAAAGGGGUCCCCUGGGGAGCCAGGGCUAUCCAUCAUCGGACCCCGAGGACCCCCGGGGCAGCCUGGCUCGCGAGGUUUCCCAGGAUUUCCGGGCCCAAUUGGACUGGAUGGAAAGCACGGUCAGCCGGGUACCAAAGGAGAGCUUGGGCCUGCUGGUCCAAAAGGAGAUAAGGGCGACCAGGGUGACAUGGGCGCGAGGCUGGUGUUUCCUCGAACGGCUUACAGCUUUCUGGCGGCCGACCAGCACAUUAUUAAGCGACGGAUCAUGAAGGGAGACCAGGGCCAGGCGGGACCGCCCGGACCACCCGGCCCGCCAGGCCCCAUCGGUCCCAUCGGCCUGCCAGGACCCAGAGGGCCGGCGGGCGAUAUGGGGAAAGACGGACCCCGUGGCCCCUUGGGGCUACCGGGUGAGCCCGGUCAAUCUGGCAAGGACGGCUCCAAGGGCUCACCUGGGCUGCCGGGGCUUCAGGGGGAGAAGGGAGACGGCGGCCUCCAGGGCAGGACGGGAGAGAAGGGCGAGUCCGGCCUGCCAGGCAUGAUGGGAUGGAAGGGUGAGGUUGGACCACCCGGGCCAGCCGGACCUCUAGGCAUAAAGGGGGAGAGGGGAUAUGUAGGCUUCCCCGGGAAGCGGGGAGACAAGGGUGCCCAAGGUUUCCCAGGGCCCAUGGGGCCCACAGGUCCAGCAGGGCCCAAGGGGGGGGCGGGAUCCGCCGCGGCCGGAAUCAAGGGGGAUCCUGGUUUUCCCGGUCUCCCUGGGCUCCCGGGAAAGAAGGGCGAGGCAGGCUUGCUUGGGCCCCCUGGCUUUCCAGGCCUCAAGGGGGAAGCCGGUGGCCCAGGCCAUCUGGGCCGCCCUGGCAUCCCCGGACGCAAAGGAGCCACGGGUGAGAAGGGAGAAGUGAGCACCGCCUCGGCUUUCGUCGCUGUCAAGGGGGAACCGGGAAUGCCCGGACUGCCGGGUAUGCCCGGCCUGCAGGGCCUCCCGGGAGUGAAGGGGGAUGCGGGAGACAGCGGCGCAUACGGCCUGCCCGGGUUACCUGGCCUCAAUGGCAGCAAGGGUGAGCGUGGCUUGAAGGGCGACGUGGGAGAACUUGGAUCCCCAGGCCCCAUAGGCCCCAUGGGUCCCAAGGGCGCGGAGGGGCCCAAGGGCGAUCGCGGUUCCACCGAGGUCAUCGACUACAAUGGUGACAUCCAGGAGGCGCUUCAGGCAGUGAAAACGCUGGCCUUCAUGGGACCUCCGGGCCCACCCGGCCCACCUGGGCAGAAGGGUGAAAUGGGACUUCCUGGCGCUCCUGGAUUGGACGGCGAAAAGGGCCCACGUGGCAAGACAGGGGACCCAGGAGAAUCGGGGCUUCCCGGCAAGGAAGGGCCCAUGGGGCUCAAAGGGGACUUUGGUCCCCCUGGCCUCCCGGGGCACACGGGGCCCAGGGGAGACAAGGGGGAGCUGGGACUGCCAGGGCCUUCGGGGCUGGAUGGGCUGACGGGCGCCGAUGGGAUGCCAGGCACUCCGGGCCUACCUGGGCGCCAUGGAGAGAAGGGAGAUAGAGGGGAGAAGGGAGACUUGGGCGACGUGAUGUCUGGUCUCCAGGGUUUGCCCGGCCCCAGCGGUCCUCCCGGGCCUACGGGGCUGCAAGGUUUUCCAGGACCCAAGGGAGACGCCGGGAUGGACGGAUUGCGGGGGGAACGGGGUGACACUGGGGACAAAGGGGACCGGGGCCCCAUGGGACUCCCAGGCGCCUCGGGCUUAGACGGGCUGCCGGGACCACCGGGGCCGAACGGGCCAGCGGGGCCGCUCGGUCCAGCGGGGCCAAAGGGAGAGAAGGGAGAGAAAGGAGACUUUGGAUCCAUAGGACCUCACGGACCGCCAGGGCUACCCGGCCGGAACGGGAUGCCCGGACUCCAGGGCACGUCCGGACUGAGGGGAGACAAGGGGGAACGGGGGGAGAGGGGAGUCCGAGGUAAAAAGGGCCCGAAGGGCGAUAAGGGAGAGCAGGGGGCUCCAGGAUUAGACGCGCCCUGUCCUUUGGGAGCGGACGGGCUGCCCCUACCUGGCUGCUGGCAGAAAUGAUGGUCUGCCUAACCCUCAGCAUGGGGCUGCUGUUGUAUAUAAGAUAUAAAUACUAUAUUUUGUAUCAAACGUCGCUUUUUUGUAAAGUUGUUUUUUUUAUGAUGAUGAUGAUGUUGUUUAGAUCUGUUGGGUUUGUUUUUUUUACACUAAACCGUUUUUUUUACACGUUGAUUUCGUUUAUACACGGUUCGUAAUAAGGCAUGAGCAUAAUAAUUUAUGGCUAUGACCACACAAGUGUUAUGUACGUUGCUACGGUAACAAAUUGCUUGCCUCUAAGAAAGCCAUGGGGGGCGGGGUUUGGGGGGGGAGAAUUUCAACAUCUCCGUUCUGCAUUCACGCUAACUUAUUCAUGAUGGGCGUGACUAUUCGCUUAAUUAAAACAGAAUAAGCGCGCUUCGAUUUUAAAAGGUACCCGGCCUUCCGAAUUGUUCUCUUCGUUCACGAACAUUCCGUGCUACAUUCCGUGGAUAAUUAAGCAUUUCUAGAUUUUUUUUUUUUACAUCGUUCCAAAUACGGCUGGUGGUGUGGACCAACCGACCUUCUAUCCCACGAGCCGAGCUGCCUUGUUGAAGUUGCGAGGUUUGCUUGUCCGAUCCGAGCAGCGGAAGGCUGCGAUGAAACCUACGAACAUUCCCCGAAGCGCGCCAAAAUAAAACGAUGUGCUCGUAUCAGCGGCCACCGCGCCGCGUGUGAUCGGUCAGUGGGUACAGCGGUGAAAAUCUGUAGCGCUGCGUUACAGAUGUCAGUCUUCUCAUAAUAAUAAUUGUAAUGAAUUUCUUAAUAUUCAUCGUAAAUUACAGAAAUUACAUUUGCAGAUUUAACACAAAAAAAUCGGUUGUUAAGCUCGCAAAGGGUUUGGCAGUGUGGUUAUGUCAGUGUUCUCAUAAUAAUAAUAAUUGUAAUGAAUUUAUUAACGUUCAUCGUAAAUUACAGGUAUUACAUUCGCAGAUUUUUUUAAAAAUGGGUUGUUAAGCUCGCAAAGAAUAUCUUAGUGUGGGUCCAAUCGUGUUAGUGCUGCGGGCACGUAGCUACCGCGCGUGGCUGCCCUGGUCUUGGAGGCGCUCUUCCAAGCAAUGCUCUCCUAUGCAUGGCUCUCUUGCACUGCCAGCCAGCCAGUCAGCGUGCCUCUACCGCGGUGUUCUUCAUUGCGAGGCCCGCGGGCGACUGGCGGGCCCCUGGUGGGCUUUAGUGCGGCCCCUUACGUCCGGACCCCAUCAUCAUCGUGCCGCUGUCAAACCCUCAAUGGUUUCAAAUGUGUGGCGGCCCUCACACUGACGAUGUCUUCUUAUCGGCGAAAGUGCCCGUGCCCCCCCCCCCCCCCCCCAUUUGAAGAACAGUGCUGUACCCACUGACCACGAGCAGCGGCAACCUGCAGCCAGUGGGGAUCGUAAUCACGAGCGGGGGUUCAGCAAGCUCUGCUUCCUGACGUAUACACGACGGGGGAGGGAGGGAGCGCCUCGGCUCCACGUGUCACGUUUACCGCGCUGCGUGUUGAUAAGUGGCGGCCGUCAAGAGAGUUUUGGGACAAUCCGGGGCUGCGUACCUUGGCUGCCAUGAGACCCAGGCAGGAGAAUGAACCCACCCACGCGGUCGUCGCUUGCAAAUAAUUUAUUCAACGGGAGUAACUGGAACGUGAAUGUGAUGGAGAAGUGGCAGUGGACAGGAUAUUUUACUAAUUAGCGUUGGGUUUCCACGCGCCCCCCCCCCCACCCCCACCCCCUUGGGUGUGGACAAAGUCGGCUUUCGAAAUGACUCCAGAAGUCGAUCUGUGACGUCCUCUUCAGGCGUUGCACUGAUUGGCACGAGUGUCAAUUUCUUAACGGCAUCGCGUUUCCAAUUUGGAUCAUAAGUGGGUAAAUUUAGAACGAUAACGGUGACAGUCGCUGGGUUUCCUAUCAACCUUUACACUUUGUACGUGUUGCUCAUUCCGGCCACGGCUAACAUCAGUGGUGAGAUAUCUGAACCGGUCCUGAGUGCCCCCCAACCCCUUUCACCAACCCACGCGGUCCAGUAUGGUGAAGUAUGGGCAAACAAUCCCCAUGACCGACAUGGCUUGUGGCGAGGGUCCUUACUCAGCGUUGAAUUCACAACGACCUAAAAUUGAAUGAUGAUUCAAGUGGAUAUUAAGUUAACCUACUUUUUAAGUGGACACCCAAGAAAAUACCUCUUCUAGACCACUCAAAAUGCCACUGCAGGUAGCCGAAAAUCUACGAUCAAUUUUAAAAUCGGACACAGUCUCUCCUUCCCUCCGUCUCUCUCUCUCUCCCCUGGGCUUCAUGGCAGUCAAAUAUAGCGGCCCUCUCACAUUGAGCGCCGUGGCGGUUAUUCGGUUUGUGGUUGCUGCGUGAGUUCAUAUGCAAAUAUUAACAGAUUGCUGCUGCGCCGUGUGUGAUUUAAUAUUGCCCGUGUGUGUGUGUUUUUUAUACGUCGCGUGCGGCGGUUGUCAUAAAUCACGCCAAUUGUCUUUAACAUUUUCGUGUUUUAUUUUUUAAACAAAAAAAAAGCUAUCAGAUAAUGCAUCCUGCUUUGUGUUGUGUUUUUAAGACGGUUUUUAUAAGCGCCGGCAAUUGUUUGUUGUUGUGGAUAAUACACCGCCGUGAUCCCAUGUUUUAUGCUUCCCAUUGAUCUAAAAACACAUUCGUUUGGAGCGUCGCUCUUCAUUGCAAGGCCCGGGGGCCACGGGCGGCCCCUGGUGGCCUUUAGUGCCGGCUCCUGGCAUGCGGACCCCGACAAUACACGACACUUGACAACACCCCCCAUCAUCAUCAUCAUCGUGCUGCUGUCAAACCCCAAUGGUUUCGAAUGCGUGGCGGCUCUCACACUGAUGUCAUAUCGGCGAAAGUGACCCCCCCCCCUAGUGAAGAACAAAGAUUUCGAAGAAUAUAGCUGUGAUCAUCGCUGCAUGGAACUUAUUAACCGAGGGUGGAACGAGACACAUCCAUUCAUCGAUGAAUCACUGAUUUUAAGCUCGUGCCACGUGUAAGAAUCUAUUGUUGUUGUUUUAGAUUCGUAAAUGUCAUUGGGGGGGGGGGGGGGGUAGCAAUGGCGCAGCGGCUAAGGCACCGCGCUCUAAACCCUGCGACCGAGUUCCAUUCCUGGGCUCGGCCAACAUGGGUGGCAAGUGACCACAUCUGAACUAUUCCUGCACCAACGCGCGUUGACCAACACGGUGAACUCCUACGACCGACACGACGUGGGGAGGCCUUCAUCCAGCAGUGGAUUGACAAAGGUCUCUACUUCAUAAAGAAUGACGCAUGUAAUUGGGUCACGUAAAUCGUGCGGCCACAUGAAGGCUGCUGACAUUCGCCACAAUGUUACAAAAAUGAAUUCAUUCUUUCAUUCAUUUCGGAACCCCGCAUCACAAUAAUUAAUCGAAUCUCCACGGGGUUGAGGAGAUGGUGAAUCGUUCCAUCCCUUUCGUAAUCUGUGCACCUAUUAAAGCUCCCCACGCAGAAGCUGAUCACGUGACACGAGCUUCCACAGCACCAAACAGCCUCCUGGCACAGUCCGAGAUAGUCCAAGAUGGGAGCCCACCUCUAAUUUGGAAUAGAAGCUCAAUAUUUCACUGAUGUUAUCAGCCACAUGCGAGGGUGGUUCAAGCAAUUCCUAGACCUUGUUCUAGUAGAACAGAGAGUUUUACAUUCCAGGAUCAUGGCAGCUCCAUGUUUUUAUUAAUGAUCACCGUCCAUAGCAUGGCAGCUGUUAACAGCAACUACUCACAAACACAGCCACCGCACUCGUAACGACAGAUCCCCCGUGUACCCUUGACAGACUUUUGGAGAAAGUGCUGUUAGCGAGCACCUCUAAAGGCUAGAACGGCACACGAUGGGGUGGGUGGCCAGAACCACCUUCGGCCGCCUUUGUCUCCCCAGUGGCGAUGUUUACACAUCACACCAGAUACUCACUAAAUGCCGAGUCGACUUUGAUAAUCGUCACUGACGUUGACCGUGAGUGGGAAUCGAACUCGGGUGGCCGGGGUCCGUAGCAGAGCACGCUAACCAGUCGCACCACAGCUCCCCAUAAACACGGCCACCACCGCGCUCACGCGACGCUCACAAACACAACAGACAAACACAGCCCACUCACGUCUCAUCGCCUUCUCCCAGCCAUGCACAAAUGCCCGAAUGCCCGCAAACACAGGAUAGAAAGGAAGCGUGAUAUUUGCUUGAACCAUUUCAAGAUAUGCGUCUUACACUCGUAAUUUACAAUAUCUUGCACAACCACCUUGGCUGGAAGCAAUGUAAUUCCAAAUUGAAACCCCUCAAUAAUCCCUGGCAGCAAUCGAGAAUCUCUAACGCCGGUUGUGUACAAAAACAAAAUUUGAGACUGGCAUGAACGGCAAUUUAAAAGAAAAGUGGCUUUUAUCCCGUCGUAUAUUUUGAAACCGUGGAUCACUCCGCACACGACAACCGCGUUUCAUCCGCGCAGUAUUAUGAAUUAAACAUGGGAGCAAUUUCAAUGGUAUACGAUGGUUUUCGGUGGCAUGGGUUGUACUUUGCUUGUUCGUGCGGUAUUGUUGGAGAUGAGGCGUGUUGUCAGGCGCCACUGCAGCCUGUGAAGAUCACAG